UCGUAGUCGACGUGUACCUUUAAUCGAAAAACGAAUGUUCCAACGACGGAGCAUCGAUGUAAAAUAUAUUAUAAUAUCGCGUGAAUCGUCACCCGCGCAGUGUAUAAACCAAUCGCAGGUUAUAAUAUUAUAAUACGACAACUACAACACUGUCUGCUAUCGUAGUAUCGUUGCCGAGUGUGUUAAAAAACAUAUUUUUUAUUUUCUUUCCGGUUUCGAAACGUGGUGGUCGCGCCACACACCGGAUACGGUUGGUCACACCGCAUUUUACGUUGUGAUUCGCGUGCGUGUGCGUACGACGUAAAUAUUUGUUGUGUUUACAUGUUAUUACUUAUUAUUUUUCGUGUCGAAACCGAAUAAUUGCUAUGGACCGUUCGCCGUGUACGGUAAUUCGCCGUCCGUGAAUAUCGUUUAAUUGUUAUUUAUUUAAUCUUAUAGGUGUAGUACACAUGUAGAAUUAUUUUUUUUAUUUUGAAAUUUCGUUAUUGUUUUUAUGAUUAUUACUGAACUUAACUUUGCCACUGUUGUUGACCGUUGCCGACAGUCACCAAGAGGAGGACGUCCGUCAACGUCGCCGUCAUCACCGUUGCCGCCUUCGCCGUUCACCGUUCGCCGUGUCCGUCGUCGUUGUCGCUCGUGUCCGUUGAUCUACUUAAUUUUCGCCGUUUCCGGGUAACGCAGUGUGCACAAUAAUCUUCACAAAUGGGGGACCGGGUGUACGCGGCCGAAAAGCUCAUGAAGAAGCGUGUCAGAAAGGGCAGAGUGGAAUAUCAUGUAAAAUGGAAAGGAUGGGGACCUAAACACAAUACUUGGGAACCUGAAGAAAACAUUAUUGACACCAGGCUUAUUGAUAUUUUUGAGCAAAGUCAAAUCCGUACAGAUAAUAAUUCUCAUAAACGAGGUCCUAAAAGAAAAACACAAAGUGCACACAUUGAAACACCAACUACUGAACCUACCCGAAGUGACUAUGAAGAUGAAAUUGCCGAUGGUGAUGUACCAGAUUAUAACAGCCAGGAUGAAGCUGAAGUGCUUCCCGAGUCUACUAAUGGUGCACCUUUGUUACCCAGACAUGACGAUGAGACAGAAGAAGAUAAAACAAUUGAUGAUGAUUCAUUGGCAGAAAUGCCUAAGUUAAAUGCUGCUGUAAAGGUUGAAUUGAAAGAUGAAAAAAUAAGUGAAGAAAAAAAGAUACCAGUCAUAGAAGUCAAUGAUACACGAGAAGAAGAAAAGUUAAGUCCAGUGGUGAAACCGGCACCUUCACUUUCAGUUCCAUCUUCACAGAAGCAGUCUUCCAAAUCACCUCCACCUUUACUUAAACCUCAUAAAGUUAAACGGAAAGCUGAGGUUUUGUCUAAAGAAUCUGGUAAAGUUGGUGUUACUAUAACUACCAGUCCUCCUGUGACMGACUCUAAAGUGCCCAAAUUACAAUCACCUUCCAAUAUUCAAAACAUCAAUAGCUUGCCACCAGUAGUACCUAUUCAAGAUGGUGGAAGAACCCCUAAAAGAAAAACAUCAGAACAUGCGGUUCCUGCAGUUUUGUCAAAUCAAAUUUCUCCAGCUCCAGAAAAUCAACAUAUAACACUGACGGCUAUACUUCAAAGUACUCCAGCUAGUGUAAAGUCAAGAGACACUUUAGCUGCUGCAGCGCCCAUCAGUUCCCGAACAUCCGGUGAACCAGCUAGGCCACAGGAAGAUGCUGCAACUGCUGUAACUCAAGGGGCUGGAGGUCAACAUCAGGUGCUGGAUACAGCAUCUGUUGCUGAAACUCCUACCCAGCGUUUACAGUACAAAACGAUACUGGCAAACCCUGGACCAGAAUAUUGGCUUGCGCGCAAUCCUGUUGUAGAUAAUGUUUUUAUUACUGAUGUGACAGUUAAUUUAAACACUGUAACAAUAAGGGAAUGUAAAACAGAAAAAGGAUUCUUUAAGUCUAGUGUUGAAACAAGAAUUUAAUGAAUUUAUGUUGAGAUUUUAUUUAAAUAAUAAUCCUAUGGUGUUAGAUAUAAUAUGGUAGGAGCAAUAUUUUUCUUUAUGGUUAGUAAAUAGAUAGUUAUAACAGUUAUUAGUAAAAUAUAAAUAUAUUUUUAAAACUAUCAAUAUAUAUAAAUAUAUAUAUAUACACAUACAUACAGGGUGAUCGAUGAAGCUGUGUUUCAAGCACUGAUAAUGUAUACAUUUUGAAACAAUGAGCAGUUAUUUGUUUGGAUGGUUUUUAAGCUGUGUUAUAAUUUCAUAAUAUGAUUUAUCUAUAAUUUUGUAAUUUAAGUGACAUUCAAAUUUUUUGUAUUUUGCUCACUCAAUGGUCCAACAUGAAGUUUAUUACAAAUGUUUUGUCAUUAAGCAUUUUUAUACUUCUGAAAUUAAAUAUUUUUUGUCAUUAAUUAUUAUUGACAGAAUKUAUAGGUCUUCCAUUUGGACAACAGAAUCUAUUUCAGUGAUUUAUACAAGCCUAUACAUCACCCUGUAUAGUAAAUAUAGAAAAUUCUUCAAAUUAGUUUUUGUGAGCUGCAAAGCUAAACAGAUUUAAAUUUCAAGUUUUUUCCCUAAUAGUUUUAAUGUCUUUCAAUCAGAUCUUGAUUACAAUAUUUUUAACAUGAUAAUGUGAAAGUUUAUUUUUUAUUUAAAUGAGCAAUUAAGGUCCGAUUUAUGUGCUUAAAAAUAAGUACAAAAAAAUACCUAAAAUUCUUCCCUAAUGUAUUGUAAGAGUCAAUUUGAAAUAUAACAGUAUUUAUAGAUUAUCUAAUAAUAAUUAAUAGUAUAUCGUAUCACUUGAUUUUAUAAU